AUGUCGAAGGCCCCUGAGAAAGUCAAUAAGAAAUCCAAUAAGAUAGAUACCAAGUUACCAAAUGACAUGAAAGAAAAAACCUAUCUCACCAGACAAGUGGAUACUUCCAUAGCAAUUUUAGAUAGCCCGGAAUACGAUAUACUAUUGGAAUCAUUAUUAUUCCUUUCAAAGUAUGCUGAUAUCAAACUCAACAAUUUAACUUAUCUCCAACAGAAAGGAUUGAUGGAAAAGUUAUUGAAUCUCUUCAACAAGAAUGUAUGUAUUUUGCGAUUAUCAUUGAGGCUUCUGAAUAUACUUUUAUCACUCGAUGAUGUUCUAUCAGCGUUGGAUCAAGUGAAAUACGAUGAUAAGAUUCUAGAAAUAUCAAGACUUUACAUGAAUCAUAGUGACCUACAUGUUAAGGAAUUCUGCAUAGCAAUCCUUUCGAAGCUUGCUGCUUCCUGUAGAAUCACUUCUCUCAUAUUUGAAGCAGAUCUCUUUACGCCUGUUCUGACCACUUUGAAAACGACAAAAACUCUCAGUCUCCUUCAAUCCACCCUUGAAUUCUUUUACGUUCUCCUCAAUGCCCCUGCAGCAGUCAGUGCUUUACCCAUGGUUAAAAAUUUCGAAAUUUCUGUAUUACUUGGUCUCCUAGAUAAUCCAGAUCAUAAGAUUACAGAUCUGGCAUUCAAAGUCCUCAUCAGAAUUACUUCUUUCACUUUAGAAGUAUUUCAGAAACUCUUCAAGCAUGCGAAACUCGUAGAAAGAAUGUUGGUAGUGAUAAUGGAUCCAGAGAUGAGAUUGUAUCAUCAAGAUGCCUUCACCAUCAUAUUGAACUGCAUGAAUUGUGAAGAAACUUCCUGUUACUUCAUUGAAUCACUAGAAUUCUUGGAUUUUUGUCGAUGGACAAAAACUUGUGACCCUGAAUAUCUCUUAUCAUGCAUCAAUCUUUUCGAAAAUUUGUCACAGAUACCACAUAUCAAACAAACACUUUUCGAUCUAUCUGUUGAAGACUCAAUAUUAUUUUUCCUGAGGAGCACGGAUAAAUGCAUUCUGAAUAAAACUUGUAUUGCUAUAUCUAAUAUGGGUGUGCAUAAAUAUUGUUGUGAACAUAUGAUCACCCCAGUUGUUAUCAAAACGAUUGUUGGAAUACUGGAAAGAAAGGAUGAUCUAGACCCAGGUAAUGAAAUAGCUCUCAGAACUAUUUCUGAUUUCAUGAGAAGGUCAUUGAAAACCAUAGAUCUUUUGAACUCGCUGGGAUUUCAAAAUAUUCUUCUAGAUUACUUCAAGAAAGGAACCAAGGGUUUAUCACAAGAUAGUUAUCUGAGAGUCUUAGAAAUGUUAUACAAAUUUGCUGUACACCCUCUCUACCAGAAAAGUAUUAUCAACGAGAAAUUUUUCGGGGAACUAUUGAAAUUGGUUGAAAUCGGUCCAGAAGAGCUGAAAAUUUUAUCAACUGAAAUUCUCACCUAUUUCAUCGAGAAUAAGAAUUUUUUCAGAUAUUUUUCAUCUGCCUAUGGACCCCUCAUCAUUAUUAAAGAAUUGAGAACUUCUGUCAACCCGAAAGUCAUCAAGAAUAUCCUUGUUUUCAUCCAUUGCAGUAUGAUUGAAGAAAAUCUCAUUACCGAUUUCAUAAGAAAUGACUUGAUAGUUGCUUUGAAACAGUUUCCAGAAAAAGUCAAAGCAGGUAUGCCUCUGAUAGAUACUAUCCUCAAUCUCACCUACAAUCUUCACUUGCCCCUGAAAUUUUUUGAAACUGGUCGGAUCGAAAUCACAGACAGAUUAAGAAACAAAUUUUACUUGAUGAAUGGAAGAUGGACGGCACCUUUUCCGUUUCUAGAGAUACUCGAAGCUUUGAAGAUGUCCACAAUCCUCACAAUUUACGUUGUUGACUACACUUAUGAAGUUAUCGAAGCAGCAUCAAGUGAGAGCCAUGCAUCACAAGAAGUAUCAGUGUCAUCGAGAGAAUCGUUGAAUAAGCGUUCGUCAAGUUUCAGUAAUAAAUCAUUUUCAUUUAUGUGCUCAUACAAUAACCCAUUUGAUAUAAAUUAUGGAGAGUUAUCUCCUGACCCUUACCUGCCGAGAUUCAUUAAUCACAUAAACAAGCUUUUAGCCAACGAAACAUCUUUGGAAAAUAAAAUCAGCAUCCUAGCUGGGUACGUUGAUACUCUACUCUGUGGUCCUUGUGAGGAUGCUACGAUGCCACAAAAAAAUCAUACUUACAAAUUCCACAUCGAAAGUCUCAAGUUCAAGUUAGGUACUAACAUGAUACCAAUUGGUUUCCUGCGGAUAGGAUUCCAUUGUGAAAGAGCACUCCUUUUCAAAGCUCUAGCUGAUCGCUGUGAUAUUUCGUGCUCUCUUGUUAAGGGCGGCAACAGAAUCUAUUGGAAUGAGGUUGCUUUAUUCGAUUCCACUACUAGAGGUACAUUGCAAUUUUACAUAGUUGACCUGAUGAUCAACAUUGGACAUCUGCUUGUGGUUGGAUCGAGGGAAGCAAAUCAAUACUGUAAUGUCAGGGUGUGA